CAAAGGUCGUGGGUUUCUAACCCCAUUCUGCGGUAUAUAUUUCUGAGCCACGGGCUACUGUAUAAUAACAUGACAUAUUAGCAUUGUGUCCACUCGGUAGCCGUCUGGCGAGCGAGUAUGGAGUGUGGGUUUCCGCGAUGCGUCGUUAUUGAUGGCCGUCUUUUGUUAACGAGACUUCACCAGAUAACUUGGCUAUACGCUUAAAAGUGUGCCCAAUGGAUACAAGUGACGCAAGGUAACUAGUGCUGGCCGUCUGCAGGCACGCGAUGAGGUGGUCACGUGUCGUCCUGGCCUACUGCUGUCUGCUUCUGCUAUUGGCUGCCUACUGCACUGGGCUCCCAGUGGCGGGAACUUUCAAUCUUCCCGCCAAUACCAAGGACUGUGCCGACUGCCGUAAACCUCUGGGUGCGAAGAUCCUGCACAUUCAGCGUCUACAGCGAAUCAAACAGCAGAUACUGCUCGCACUGGGACUCAAACAGGACCGAAACGUGAACACCAUCCCGUCCUUGUCGUCGAAUCUUAGGUCCAUCGACGGUAAACACGAUGGCGGAUUGAUUGACGAGAAUGUUACCAAAUCAAAGACCACAAAUUCAGGAGGACCUCUGUUUUUCAGUGUAUCUGAGAAACUGGGCGAGAAGGAGAACGCCGGCCUGGUCCAGUUUGUGAUCAACACGGGGAACCACCACGACGACCUGGAGGUGCUGAGCGCCCACCUCUGGCUGCUCAUCAAGAAGCGCGGCACCAGGAAGCGCGGACGCAAGAUCGUCCUCAAGGUGUUCCAGGUCACCGGGGACGGGCAGACCCUCCUCACCUACCUCAGGACUAGAGUCAAGAAGACGAGAUGGCAGAAACUCAGCCUGCCCAUCAGUCUCAUACAGCAGUUGCUCGCACCGCCACAGGGUAAACUUAAAUUGCGGAUCGCGUGCAAAAGAUGCGGAAGGCGGAUCAAAGUCGUCCUGCCGAAGCAUAAGAAACAUGUGAACGCGAUUAGAUCCCCGUUAAGACAGCUGAAGUCGUCUAGACAUAAGUCAAAGGGAAAGAAGAGGUUGCCAUUCCUUGUGAUAAACACUAGAGUGAAGAAAAUAAGGCAUGGCUGAUCUCAGUUUCAUUUAUGGUGGUAUGCAAUGCUAGGAACGGUACUUCCGUCUAUAGUAAACUAAAUUCAAUGGGAGUUUUCCCCAGUUUUUCACUAGCAUAAUAGAACGUCGCUUAAACCCUGCAUUAGGUGUCGGUAGAUGACAGAUUACGUGAUUUGGGUGGGUUGGGUCUGGGCUUUGAGGGUUGAAAAGUUCGUGUCACAGUCAUAUAUGUACGGAGUAAAGGCAACUGCGUCUCUGAUAGUCAUUUGAAAAUAUUAUUAUUUGGUACUAAUAAAUUAAAAUAGCUUUUUAGUGCACAGCUGUUUUGUUGUGUACACUAGAGGUUGAAACCAGUAAAGGGGACCAAAAAUGAAAAUGCAAUUUUCUAAUAAAAAGAAGCUGUUGAUACAAAAAUUAUCUUAAAUAUCACGUGGCACCCAUUUUUCUCGCAGACAGAUUAAAUAUUAAUUGUCAUUCGUUUUACAAAUAUACUGCAGGGGUAUACCGAUACAUUAAUAUACAUGUCGAUUUUAUAACAAAUACGUCAACAUUACCAUUAUAGAAGAGACUUGAUUUAAUCUAAGGGAAUCUUUAUACCGUUAGAAAUCUGAACAACGCCGUAAUACAUGGUCAGGGCCGUAUCUCUGUACAAGGCAGAGUCGAAUAGGCAUUUGGCAAAAUAGUGGUUGAUUCUAUGAUCCUCAAUCUAGUGCCUCGUCUGUAGGAGGAUAGCCACUUCCAAGGAGAUCCUUUACUGGAGAUAUCAUCCCUCUUGAACUGCCACAAAGAAGACUGCCAAUCCCAGACUAGUUUACUGAACCCAAAACUAACACCGGACAGAGCUCAUUAGAAUAAGUACAGCUGUGAUGACAUACACCCAUGAAUCGCAGUCAUAACCGUGAUGACAUCAGGUGUUUGCGAAAGUUGAGCAUAUCCUGUCCCACCGGUGGCACCCGUCAUGAGUACUACCACCACAGCUGUCGUCCGUCACUAUACUGUGCUUGCUAUAAACGUAUGUAUGUACCGUUUCUCGUGUUGAGGACUAUAAUUCUGGGACCUCUCAUCUCUCACAAAACAAGAGACCAUCAUGUCCGGUUGGAAAAACCACAAAAAGGGAUCAACAGGAAACUGCAAACUCCGCAACACGUGUUGUCGCGUUAGAUAAACGUCGCUAAUGUUGUUGUACAUGUGUUGACAGUACAAAUAGUAACACUUAGAAUGAUAUUCGUUUGUAAUUGUAUAUUAUGUGUAUUGGUGGUUACAGGUAUUGCCAUUGUCAUCUUGUGGGUUGUAUCAUAAAGCGAGAUGGAUGAAAAACAAAAGGGAAUAAAUGAAUAAAUGAAAGGAACGUUUGAAUGGGUUGAUGGAUGGAUGGAUGGACGGACCAAUGGAUAGAUGGAUUGAUGAAUGAUUGCUUGGUUCGUAAGAUGGAUGGAUGGAUGGAUGGAUUGAUAGAAUGAAGAAAUAAACAGGAGAAUACAAAGAUGGACGGAUAAUGCCUAAAGGCGAAGCAACACGAUACGAGUGACUCGUACGAUAAUAGCAACGAUAAAAACCCAUUGCAUAGCAAUCGAUGAAAUCUUAAUGUUGUCUUGUCAGUCGGCUAUAAUUCUCGUGGCUAUUAAUUAUCGAUCUAGACACUCGUAUCGUGUGCCUUUGCCUUAAGUUACACGCAUGAACGGAUAGACGGACAGAUGUGUGUUUCAUCAUUUAGUUUAUUAUGUGAACAUAUGUUUUAGCUAUUCAUGUACAUGUUGUAUUUGUGUGGAGAUUUCUGACUGACCACUUCUGUAUAUAUAUAUAUUUGCUGUAAGGGCAGUCCCAGGAAUAACCACCAUGGGUAGGGUUGAGAGGCGAGUAGCGUCAAAUAUACUAGUAAUUGUUUUUGUUUGUUUUCGUAUGCUGGUGGGUUGUCCGAGCUAACUCAAUUCAAAGAAAGCCAAAAUACUGUAAAGUCCUUUAUAUUCUUGGGCUUAAAUGUUCGUGGUUUUGCUGAAAUAUACAUUUCGCUGGGUACUUAAAUUCGUGUAUCAGAAAGGUGUUAUCAUGAAUUCAUAAUUAUAUGUAUUCAUGUGUUAUAUUUUCGUUGUGCUCUUAAAUUCGUUACUGACGAAAAUUGGACCACCACGAAUAAACGUGAUUUCACAGUAUGUGGUUUCAUUCAGUGUAUGACGAGUAUACAAAAAACCUAACUCCCAGGUGAUAAUUUUUUGGAACUGCCCUAGAUUAAUAUCAAUAGGAAUCUUGUGUCUCGACAGAGAACCCGUGAACUAAAUGUACUCGUGUAUGACGAGACUGUCGGGGGUUUGUGGUCAUACAAUUUCUUGUAGUAAUCCGCGUAUUCUGAAAUGACAACACAUCCGGUAGUCUCAUUGUACAUGUGUUAUUUAUAAAUCUCAAAGCCAUCCUUUCAAAACCAAACUGGAUUUGUUGUUGUGUUUGUAACCCAACUCGCCAUCUUAGUAGCUGGCAGUGGCGGAUAUAUACAUUUUAAAAGGGGUGUAGCUAAAUGAUUUGAGGAGACGUAUGAAGGCACGGAGUGCUUUUCCCAAGCAAGCGAAGCGCGCGAGAUUAUAGGAAAAGAAAGAAAUGUUUUAUUUAACGACGCACUCAACACAUUUUAUUUACGGUUAUAUGGCGUCAGACAUAUGGUUAAGGACCACACAGAUUUUGAGAGGAAACCCGUUGUUGCCA